UGGAGGGAGCCAGCGCUCCAAAACAAGGCACGAAGGAGCAGAAAAGCAGAAGUGGCUGCAGCCCUGGACGGCGAGGGAAGAAAGAGGCUCCCAGCACCGCCAUGAUCUCGUAAAGCCGGUGGGUUAAAGUGGCCCAAACGCGCGCGCCGGUGACAGCAGCACUGGCCUAGUGAGAGAGAAUGGACACUGUGGCAGAGACUGACAGAAUGACCUCUGACCUUCAGAGCAAGGCUGCACUGCAGAAUCAGGAUGUGCACAUGCAGCCUGAGAAAAACACACCUGCACACUCAGGUUGUGGUGCAAUGCUGGUGCUGUGUGCCGUGUCCAUUGCAUCUCUCAGCGGUCUGAUGCUGGGCUAUGAGCUGGGCCUGAUCUCUGGAGCUCUGCUGCAGCUCAGGGAAGUUCUGGCCCUCUCGUGUCCGCAGCAGGAGCAGGUCGUUGGGGCUCUGCUGCUCGGAGCGUUCCUUCUCUCCAUGGUAGGCGGCUCCAUCGUGGACCGUUAUGGCCGCCGUUUCUCUAUCAUCCUCACGGCAGUGCUGUGUGCAUGUGGGACGCUGCUGAGCGUGUGCGUGCCGACCUUCUGGGCGCUGCUGGUGGGGCGGACGUUCGUGGGCAUGGCUGUGGCUCUCUCAGGCACUGCCUCGUGUCUGUAUGUGGCAGAGGUGGCACCUGCAACCUGGCGGGGCCGGUGUGUUUGUGUUUAUGAGCUGAUGGUGGUCCUGGGAGUGCUGCUGGGGUUCGGGCUGAGCUGGGCAUUCACAAGUGUAGAAGGUGGCUGGAGGUUCACCUUGAGCGCUGUGCUUCUGCCUGCAUUCCUUCAGGUCUGUGUGAUGCCCCUGCUUCCCCAGAGCCCUCGUUUUCUACUCGCCCACAGGAGGGAGAAGGAGGCUUGGGCCACGUUGGCCCGUUUACGGGGUGCUACCAGCCCAGAUGCUGUGGAGGAAGAACUUCGGACCAUAAGGGUUGCGUUGGGGGCUGAAAAUCAACAGGGAUUUCUGGACCUCUUUCGUUCACGGGACAACAUGCGCAGGAGGUUGUUUGUGGGCUUGGCUUUGGUGUUUUUGCAGCAGGCGACAGGACAGCCCAACUUGCUAGCCUACGCCUCCACUGUCCUCCGCAGUGUGGGUUUUCACAGCAACGAGGCAGCCACGCUGGCCUCCACUGGGUUGGGUUUGGUUAAAGUUGGUGGGACCAUUCCUGCGAUCCUGUUAGUGGACCGAGUUGGGCCCAAAGCCUUCCUGUGCUUGGGGGCUGUUGUCAUGACGUUGUCUACUGCAACGCUAGGGGCAGUUACCUUGCAGAGUCAAACCCAUGUCUCCAGCUUGUGCCAAAGCCCCGUUCUUCUCAACCACACCCCAGUGGGGAGGGGGUACGACAGUGACUUUCACACACACCUGCCUCAGGGCUUGUAUCAUGCCCACUUUCAGUCCAAACUGAAUAAUACGCACUAUAGAAUAAGCCCUGCUGUUUUAAGCUCAUUUAACGACACUCAGGUGCACCAGAAUUUAAACUCAACAGAGGACCGUAGUGUAGUAGUGAGGAACUCUGGGAUACCAGCACAGGACGGGAGAAAGAGAGCUGAAGUUGCACUAGAAUCCAUGUCCAUAAGCGAGGUGUCGCCUUCACUGAAAUGGAUCUCUCUGGUCAGUCUGCUAGUAUAUGUGGCCGGAUUCUCUUUCAGCCUGGGACCAAUGGUCUAUGUGGUUUUGAGUGAGAUUUUUCCCACUGGGAUCAGAGGAAAAGCUGUGUCUGUGGUCUCAGCCUUUAACUGGGCCAUGAACCUGCUCAUAUCAAUGACCUUCCUUACACUAACAGAGAGGAUUGGCCUACCCAGUGUUAUCUUCAUUUACGCUGCUAUGAGCUUCGUGCUGCUGAUGUUUGUGAUGGCAUUUGUGCCGGAAACGAAGGGACGAUCGCUGGAGCAGAUCUCCAAAGAGCUUGCCAUGAAGAACCACCUUGACAGCACUCUUUUGUGCCACACAUGGCGAAAGAAGCCCAAAACGGACCUACCGCCGGAGGAAAAGUCCCUAGCAACAGUCUAAAUCUGCACUCAAGAGAGAGAGAAUAAUACAUUAAUGAAAUUAACCCAGGAGUUUGAUGGAGCAGUGAUGGAAGGAUGGCUGAUCUGAUUAUUAGAAGAUAGGAGUGUGGUUGCUUACAAGACUGCUCUGAGCACAGUAACCCUAGAAUACAGUGAAAUGGCUACUGAUGUAAUGUUAAGAAUUAGCUGUUUCUGACACUGUGACACAGCACAGAGAGGAGUUAAAAAAAGUGUUUGUCUUAAUCUUUUUUAAGCACCUGAUUUAAAUCAUCCAUUGAAAAUGUGUAGUGUAGUUUUGGUACGCAUACAGGUAUGGGAAUAUCUGUAAAGCCCUGAAAAAUCAGACUUUUUGUUGUGAUUUUGUUUUAAGAUUAUUUCAAUAGAUUCAUACAUUUUUCUCA